UUUCCUGACGUCCGCUGUGGGACAAUAACAACACGACCGCUGCCAACGACGAUCUCGCAAGCACGCAGGCACCACCGUGUACCCGCUCAUUUGCCAGCGCUAAAAAAAUGUUUUAGGCAGGUCAAACCUUUGCAAUUCUCUGGUGGUCAAGCGGCUGCGUGCUGAAGCUGGGUCUUGGCUUUUGGACGAUUUGACUGGUUGGCAACGAUGAAUGUGUUAACUCUCAUUUUUUACCUCACCUUGCUGACAGCUGCCGCCUGGGCUUCCAAUGAUGAAACCCGCCUGGUCAAAACUCUCUUCACCGGUUACAACAAGGUGGUCCGGCCCGUCAGUCACUUCAGCGACCCGGUGGUUGUCACUGUGGGCCUGCAGCUCAUCCAGCUCAUCAGCGUGGACGAAGUCAACCAGAUUGUCAACAGCAAUGUACGCCUCAAACAGCAAUGGAAGGACGUGAACUUGCAGUGGAACCCGGAGGAUUAUGGCGGCAUCAGAAAAAUCAGAAUUCCCUCCACUGACAUCUGGCGGCCCGACCUGGUGCUCUACAACAAUGCAGACGGUGACUUUGCUAUUGUGCAUGAGACCAAAGUGCUGCUGGAGCACACGGGACUGAUCACAUGGAACCCUCCGGCCAUCUUCAAGAGCUACUGUGAGAUCAUCGUGCUGCACUUCCCCUUCGACCUGCAGAACUGCAGCAUGAAACUGGGCACCUGGACCUACGACGGCAACUUAGUCGUCGUCAAUCCUGAUAGUGAUCGUCCUGACUUGAGUAACUUCAUGGAGAGCGGGGAGUGGGUGAUGAAGGACUUCCGCAGCUGGAAGCACUGGGUGUACUAUGCCUGCUGCCCAGAGACCCCCUACCUGGACAUCACCUACCACUUCCUCAUGCUGCGCCUCCCCCUCUACUUCAUCGUCAACGUCAUCAUACCUUGCAUGCUCUUCUCCUUCCUGACUGGACUUGUCUUUUAUCUGCCUACAGACUCUGGGGAGAAGAUGACCCUCAGCAUUUCCGUGCUGCUUUCUCUGACCGUCUUCCUGCUGGUCAUCGUGGAGCUGAUCCCUUCCACCUCCAGCGCUGUCCCACUCAUUGGGAAGUACAUGCUCUUCACCAUGGUGUUUGUCAUUGCCUCCAUCAUCAUCACCGUCAUUGUCAUCAACACUCACCACCGCUCCCCCAGCACCCACACCAUGCCUGAUUGGGUGCGCAAGCUUUUUAUCGAGACCAUUCCAAACAUCAUGUUCUUCUCAACGAUGAAGCGGCCCGGGAAGGAAAAGCCGGUGAAGAACAUCUAUGGCGGCGACUUUGACAUCUCAGACAUCUCUGGCAACCAGGCCUCUGCAGUGCCCUACCAGUCACCCAUCACCAAAAACCCUGAUGUCCGCAGUGCCAUCGAAGGAGUCAAGUACAUUGCUGAAACCAUGAAAUCAGACGAAGAGUCCAACAAUGCUGCUGAGGAGUGGAAGUUUGUGGCCAUGGUGUUGGACCACAUCCUGCUGUGUGUCUUCAUGGCUGUGUGUCUCAUCGGCACAUUAGGCGUGUUUGCCGGACGUCUCAUUGAGCUGAGCAUGCUCUAGAUGCCUCCAGCGUCAUGAUUUCUUCCAGGGAUGAGUUGACGCUCAAUGUCAAGAGUCGAGUUUAUGAAAUGAUGCAAUGCGGAGGUCCUUGUUUGCUUUAUAAUAACAUUAUGUUGUGUUGCUCAUGUUAUCGCAUAUAUUUUGGUAACUUUUUUCUUAUGUCAGGAUAGUUUAUGUACUCCUAUUAACCUGAUGUGUUAUAAUACAAUGUGUACAAU